AUGUCAAACACGAACGGUGAAUGUAGAGAGACCACCAGCUCUGAAAUAUCUCCAAACCUUAGCAUUCAUGAAUCAACAGACCUUGGGUCACAAGUUUCAACAGAGGAGAAUAGCUCAAAACCUAAUGCUGGGAUAAAGGAUAAGAAUUUGGAAAGAAUUAAUAAACGUAAAAGCCUCGAAGCUCUCGCCAAAGCUCAUAGUUAUAUAGGAUCUCACUCAAGAUGUACAAAGCCAACUGAAGAUGUUUUCAAUCCCGAAGAUAGAAAAAUUCAUGAGGUGAAUGUGAAUAUUUAUGAUUUUAUAUCUAUACUGGCUACACUGCAUCAAAAAAUGACGAUUUAUGAUGAAGCUAAUGUGAAUUGGCAUGAAAAAGAAGAACGU